CACAAAAAACUGUUAAUCAUACACUUUGCAACUUGUGCCAGUCAGUCACCUAUGGACCAAAAUAGUAUCAUGUAAAGUCAUUUGCUUCUUCCUAGGAAAAGUAAACCCCCAAAAAACGUUUUUAUGAUUAUUAUGAAAGGAAAAACUCAUUGUAGAAACAUACAACUGACAGUAUAGGAGCAUCACAGUGUUUAGGACAUGCAUUGUGUCAUUUCUUUACUUUAACUUCAUAAAAGAAAAGAGCUGAGCUCAUAUCAUUCUGCCCCAUUCUGAUCCGUACACCCCGUCAUGUAGAGAUAAAUAAUUGAUUCUCCACUAAUACACAUCUUGACAAGUGUAAAUUAAAUUCUAUCUUUGCAAAAAAAGUCCAGUCUGGUCUGUCGAUAAAUUUUCAGCUUGCAAAUUUGACGUAGUCUAUAUUAUGACGUAAAUGUAAACCGGGUUAGGGUUUACCCUAACCCAGUUAAAAUUAGGUGUUAUGGGUCGCUGUAAAUAACCAAAAAAACAUUUGUGGUGCUCUUAUUUAAAUGAUUUUCACAUUUUCAUAGAAUUGCAUUGAUUAAAGUAUGUUUCCUUUUAAAUCUGUUUUCAAGAAGUCGAGCUUUCGCCAUUUGUGUGGUUUGUCUAUCUUGCUAAUCGAAAAUGUGUGGGGAGUAGUUUCUGAGAAAACUGCAUCAUUACCGAACGAAAACUACAAAGUACAUACCCAAUUUCCUACUUAUGGUUGCUAACCCAAGUAGUCUGAAGUUGUGUUUCAUCAUAGAUAAUGGUAUUCUUUUUUCACCCCAAAACUUAAAGAAUUGAGAAGGCUCUUCACUGAUUUUGUCAGGGUUUUUCUAAGUGUCAAUGCUGAUGCAAAAAACAAACUGUUAUUAAAUGAUUUGUUAAGCAGCGUCCAAAAAAAUCUCUAUGCUUGAGCCUAUUUCUAAACUCUGUUCAUAUUGCUAUGACCAUAUGUCCUUUUGCCUAUCUCAGGUCUGUCCCUUUCUCGCUAUCUCUGUACCUAUAGACAUGAAGAUACAGGACUGAGGAAUAUUUCGGUUUACAUAUUUCUCUCUUUUUUGUUGUUUUGUUUUUGCAUUUAAAGCCUGAGCGUUUUUGUAGUAAACCAAGUUGAUAUUUUCCCCCUGAUUAAAAAAUCCUCCUUAAAUAUUCAGCACAUGGACACAAUAGUUACAUUUUAGUGAGAAAGACAUUAUGAUACAUUACUAAGUUUUAACUUUAUCUGUGGUCUUUGCUCCUGUUUGUGAGAUGUGAUAUUUCACAUUUUUUUCCACUUGAAUCAGACGAGUUGUGGAUUGGAUGAUUAAAACCCACAAGAACAUGUGGGUUUUCCCGUCAUAUUUUGCGCAGGUGGUUGUAGAGGUGAAGAUGCCUCAUCUGUUGUGUCUCGCUCAGUUUCUGUACGAGUUCACGGAGGGAAUGCACACGGUAGCACUUACUCACUGAAUCACUGAAUAUGUUUCCCGUCAAAUUUCUCCUACUUUUGUUGACUUUUUAUGGACUCAUUGUGGAGUUGGAUGCCACUAUUUGCCCAAAAGGUCAAAAAGUUAAGAGGAUUGGGGGUAAGAGAUACACAUGUGACGCUUGCCCUGAUGGAUAUUACCAGCCCACAGAAAAUGACUCUCAGAAGUGCAUCACAUGUAAAACGUGUAAUGCAGACUAUGGGAGUAAGAUUAUACAGGUGUGCACAAAGGAGACGGAUACAAAAUGUGCCUGCCGCGCAGGCUUUAAUACCUCUUCCCCCGAUUUUACCAUUUGCAUAUGUAACCGUGGAUUUGGGCUGAAAAAUGGAGAGUGUUCACGAUGUGAGGAAGGAUUUUUCACCAGUCACGUCAACGCACAGUGUCGAAAGUGGAAAGAAUGCAAGUCAGGAGUGAACACCACAGGAACCAGCACCAAAGACGUCAUCUGCAAUGAGAUGAGUAAUCCUGGAAUCAAAACCGACAUCACCUUCACAUCCCAACGUCCACAGGAAGAGACCCGCUCGCACACAAAGUUCACCACUAUCAGCAGCACCAUCUCACCUCCUACAGUCACCACAAAACAAAUAGGAAAAGGGGACUCCCCCACCAGUGCCAACACAGGCAAUUACAUAGGUUUGUUCCUCCUCAUGUUCGGAAUUGUUGGCCUGCUUCUUCUGACCACGGUGACCUGCAAGCUGCACAUCGCUCAAAAUGUGCAAAGAAAACCAGCAGAGCAAACAAAGGACUCGGUGUGGAAGAGGCCAGUGGAGGAGAGUGGCGAUGGCAGCGAAUUGUCCGUCAAACUGAACAUGGGGGAGCCUUGAAGUGAAACUUUCCUCGACACCAAUGUGUCACUUGAUGGUGUGAAAUUAACACAUGAAAGGUGUUAUUUAUUCAUUCAUUCAUUCAUUCAUUCAUACAUGACAUUACGUUGCUGGUUUUACUCUCACGUCAGGUCUGUAUAUUUAUGCUGUUGUUGUUAUUAUUAUCCGGAUUCACGUUCUGAGCUGUGGUCAAUAUUUGACUAAUAUUCGUAAUUUCAGGGGAAUCUGAACCAUCUGUGUGUAUCAUACAUUACUUUUUACAGUAAAAAGUAUUACUCAUAUUAAUCAUUAGUAGAAUUUUGUAAGAGAUACCCUUUAACGGGGCAAGUGACAAGUUUCUGAGAAAUACAGAGUAUGAAGAGUGUUCUAAUGGGUUUUGUAUCAACGGAGACCACUGAUCCAAACCGUUAUGAACCGCUAAAUAUUAUAGAAAUGAUUAUAUUUUUUAUCAGUGUGUUUGUCUUGUCUUUAUUUGGUCAUGUUUUUCGUUUAUCAGUUCUGUUCCACUGGUGACAAUUAUGAUGAAGCCAGUAAUGGUAAAAACAUGCUUUCAGUAGCAUGUGGGGUUGGGGGAGUUUCCCCUUCUUCUUUUUUUUUCCAACUGAAAAACACUUCCUCUAAUGUUUUUAUGUCAACUGUCGGAGAGACCGACAUUAUAAUGUGAAGACUUUCGUGUUUUUAUAACUCAGAUCAGUGCACCCACGCGAGUUAUGAAAGCACACCUACAUUAUCCUUUAUUCAGCUAUUUGUGUUUUGCAAAAAAAAAAAAAAAUCAGAUAUAUGAUUGAUGGCUUGAAAUGUAGUUCCAUUAGCUCUUUGUUUCUAUAGGAUCUGUAUUUCUUAAACUGAGACAUGCUUUGAAGAAAAUUAAUUAACCGGUAUUUCUUGUUUAGAAUACAUUUUGUACAAAAUAAUGCGUGUGUGUCAAUGUAUGUGUGUGUGUGUGUACGUGUGCUCUUAAUUUUGAAAAAAGAAACUUAGAAAUGUAGAAAUGCAUUGCACUGUCCAGUCUGUUUUCAAAUUGCAUCGUGUGAAUAAUAAUAAA